AUGGCGCACUUGAUGGUACGUUUAACUGAUUUACAUGUAUCUUUAAGUAAUACGGACUCUGAUAAAAAAGAGAUGUUAGAGUACAGCAUACGUUCAGACGGUACCUGCACCAUUAACGUAUCCGAUGCUCAGAUGGUAGAUAAUAUGGGACGUGUUAUGGGUGGUGAUUUCGGUUUUAUAGAAGCCGGCGUAUCUGAUACCGUUUCAUUAAUAUGGCCUACCGUUUCGCUGUACAAUCGUGUGGGCAUAUGUCCUGUAGUCAUUAUAUCAACUAAUGCUAAAAAUGAUGAAUUUCAUUUAAAACAGUUGAUUAAAUUUGAUACCCGAUUUGAUAUCAUAGAUCCAGAAGGUCAUACCUUUAAAAAACAUAAAAAUUAUAAGGACUGUAAGAAUUGGGAUAAAGACUAUCUUAAAAAUUGCACACCAGUCAAUUGUGAGGAGCGUUAUUUCGGUUUGCGUAGCUUCUAUAAUGAGACCUCUGAAAAAUGCGUAGAGGUUGCUCGUUGUGCGGACGCUUAUGAGGUUGUAUUGACUUACCCAUCUCUUUCCAUUCUAAUAGUCAUUCAUUCAUCUAUCAGUUUUAUGACCAUUUUACCAAUGAAUGCAUCGAUACACGUUUCGUCAUUAGCGAAAGCGAUCUAA